AUUUCCAAUUUUAUUUUAACACAUUUUGCUAUUUAUACAUUUAUUACUCAGAAUAGAUAAACGGACGUGGCUUUUCGAAUCUUUUUUACCAAAUUAGCUUAAAUUAAUUGAUUUAAACUUUUUUAGUAUAUAUAAUAACAUUGGAGUUAUAAAAAAAGUAUAAAAUGGCUGAAUUUUUACAUUUAUUAAGUAAAAAAAAAAAAUGGCACAAUUUUCAAAGAUUAGUCUCAUAAAGGAUUGGAUUCUCGUUAUUAUAUUUAUUAUAGGAUGUUUGAUGGUUGAAAAAAUCGAGCCAUUUCAUCGAUUAUUUUCUUUGGAAGAUAAAUCGAUCCAAUUUCCUUACGCAGUAAAGGAAACCAUACCAAACUGGUUAUGUGCGAUUCUUGCAUUGAUUAUACCUUUUAUUAUUAUAACUUUUGUGGCACUUGUAAUUAAAAGAAGUUUACAUGAUUGGCAUCACGGCUCAUUAGGGUUACUUUUUAGUAUUUCGUUAGCAUUAUUAAUAACAGAAACAUUUAAGGUUCUGGUUGGACGACCAAGACCUGAUUUUAUUGAUAGAUGUCAACCAAUAAAAGGUUCAACUGAUGCCCAAGUUUACGGAUUAAGUAGUUCUGAAAUAUGCACAAGAACCGAUUUACUAAGUGAUGGAUUCAAAAGUUUCUUAUCUGGACAUUCUUCAACUUCUUUUGCUGGAUUAGGAUUUCUUACAUUCUAUUUAACGGGAAAAUUACAUAUAUUUGAUCGAAAGGGUUACACAUAUAAAGGAUUUGUUGCCGUCGCACCUUUAAUUCUUGCAAUUUGGAUUGCAAUUUCACGCACUCAAGAUUAUCGUCAUCAUUGGCAAGAUGUUCUUGCAGGAUCUAUACUUGGAUUAGUUCUUGGACUUUAUGCGUAUCAUCAGUUUUAUCCGUUAUUGUAUUUACCAGUAUCUCAUAAACCACUUUCAGUUCGAUUAAAAACGAUUAAACCUGGAUAUAAAACAAGUUUUAUGACUGAUGAUGGAUUAGAAUUUCAAAUUAGCGUGAUUAAAAAAGAUGAUAAUUUAUCUCAUAAAGAUAAUGAUGAAGUAAAAGUGGUUGUUAAUGAUAAUGUUGUAAAAGAGGAGAUUAAAGAUACAGAUUUAUAAAAUAUAAUGUAUAUACAUAAAAAUUUUAUUUAUUAAUUUCUUGAUUAAAUAUUUACUUAUAGGGUAAUACAUCAAAUAUUGGUUAUGCACUUUCGCAAUGCAUAUUUAUUUACAAAAUAUUUACAAUUUGUGGGGGGUAAAUUAUCAAUUUUAAAUUUUUAAUUUUUAAAUUCAUCGUACUUCGGAUAGUUCCGAAAUCUUUAAAAAACGCCUAGAAAUUUCUUAUCGUUAUCCAAUAUUAUCUUUAGAGUAUUCGAUUAGAAUGUUUGAUAUUCAAAAAAUAAAGUCUUAUAUUUAAAGAAAAUGUAAAAAAAAUGUAUAAACAUAAAAGGAAAAUCUAGAACCUGAUUAACCGUAUAUGAAUAAAUUAAUUGCAGGAUCGUCCGUUUGAACUAAUCCAAAUAUAGAAAAAUGGCUUUGUAAUAAUAUAAAUAAUUAAUGGAAUUGUCUUAAGACUUAAGGUUGACGAAAGAAGAAAUUUUUAUAUAUA